AUGCUACCUACACAAGUAUUGGGCGUGAUAUGCACAACCGAUAUUACGGGCGACAAACAGAUGUUUCACGACAUAGCGGCAUUGAAGGCCAUCCUCGACACACUCCCCGACUCUGAAGCUAAGUGGCUGACCAGUGUUGAUCUUGACGGCUUUACGGUUGUUCCCCUUGAAAAUCUCUUCAUGCGCUUCUACGUUUCGCUCUUGCAAACUCUCCGCCACAUGCCAGAGGAUGGGCGGGUCAUAAUCGUGAUAUGCGGGCAUAGCGAACGCGACACAGGCGAUGUCUAUGUUGGGCCCGACCAGCAGGGUUACUGGAAAAGCUCUGUAUAUUCGAACGAGGUUGGAUUAGCCGUCAAAGAAGUCAGCUGCGGCCUUCGCCCGGACCAAGUUCUCGUUGUCCCUCUGCUGUGCAACGGCAGCAGCCUAUGGCAGCGCCAGCUUUGGACUCUCCUUGCUGCUGACCAAGACAGGAGGCUGCUGCCAACAGACCACUUUGAGCAAAUUUCCGCCAUCCUCCUCCAAUCAGAUGGUCGGUGUACCUCAGCAGCCCACCCUGUAAAACCGACCCCUCCUCCUCCCCCGCCUACUACCCCGUUGGAUCCAGCGACAAGCCACGAGCUUGAAGCGCUCUGCCGGCGCGCGGUCGCGUUCCACAUCCAAAACACAGGCAACGCUGUAGCCACCAUGACAGGCGCCCUCGACAUGCUCAAGGGACGCGCUGAAAGACUGUGUCCGCAGCGCCAACACCAGCUGCUCGCUGAGCUCCGCGGAUGGACACGUGACUGUGCCCGGGCCGAGCGGAUUGCGGAAGAGUUUGGCUGGACGAUGACCAAUCCACGGCGCGCGGAGCAGUGGCCGCUGGGAAAUGGAAGCACUGAAAUGGCGGAGGCACAGGCGGCGGGCGCGAAAAUUCGAGACGAGUUUAGGCUUGACCUUGCGAGAGGGCGGUGGUCAUCGUCGCCAGGAUCAUGGCUUGCAGCGGCUUGGAGGACAGCAGGGAAGCCAUUGGUCGAAGAGGAGGACUGGGCGCGAGCUGUUGCUGUGUCGUUGGGGAAAUGA